AUGUCUAUCUCGGUGAAAUUGGUAGCGGCAGAAUCCCUAUACAAGAGGGAUGUAUUCAGAUCACCGGAUCCAUUUGCUGUAUUAACAGUGGAUGGAUAUCAAACAAAAUCUACUUCGGCAGCCAAGAAGACUUUGAACCCAUAUUGGAAUGAAACCUUUAAAUUCAACGAUAUCUCGGAAAGCUCCGUAUUGACUAUUCAAGUAUUCGACCAAAAGAAAUUUAAAAAGAAGGAUCAAGGCUUUUUAGGUGUAGUUAAUAUUAAGAUUAAUGAUGUCCUAGGUGAUGUUAAUGAUUCUCACACUGGGAAAGAAGAAACAAUCACUAGAGACUUAAAGAGAUCAAAUGAUAAUUUGGCUGUCAGUGGUAGAUUGAUCGUUGUAAUGUCAAGAAUUAAUGAUACCACUCCUACUGCUACUGCUACUGGUACCACUGGCACCACUACUAACCGUACUCAUGCUGCAACAAGUAGUACUUCGAAUUCACGUACUACUGGGAAUGGAACUCAUAGAUCAUCUAGAGCAAGUUCUUCUACCAAUAAUACAAGUAAUAACCAUUCUACUUCGGGUACGACUACAGCUACCGCUACUACUGCUGCUCAAUCUGUAGAAAAUACUUUACAAAGUGGUACAGCAGCAACUACCACAACAGCUCAAACUUCUACUACUUCUAAUGGUAACAACAAUGGUUCAAAUAGACAAUAUUCUUCAUUCGAAGAUCAAUAUGGCCGUUUGCCUGCUGGUUGGGAAAGAAGAACAGAUAAUUUUGGUAGAACAUAUUAUGUCGAUCAUAAUACUCGUACUACUACAUGGAAACGUCCUACUGUAGGACAAACGGAUGAAGAAAGAAACGCAAACACAGAAUUGGAAAGAAGACAACAUCGUGGGAGAACUUUACCAGGUUCAAGUUCUUCAACUAAUGGUUCUGAAAAUAACGUAAGCGUUCAAGUUAAUAAUAGUAGUACUACACCAGCAGUAAAUGGUGCUGUUGCUGCUGCUUUUGCGGUGUCGGGCUCUACAACUUCAGGACUUGGCGAAUUACCUUCAGGUUGGGAACAAAGAUUUACUCCAGAAGGACGUGCUUAUUUUGUUGAUCAUAAUACAAGAACAACAACCUGGGUAGAUCCAAGAAGACAACAAUACAUCCGUACGUAUGGUCCAACUAAUACUACUAUUCAACAACAACCUGUAUCUCAACUAGGUCCUUUACCAUCAGGUUGGGAAAUGAGAUUAACAAAUACAGCAAGAGUUUAUUUUGUUGAUCAUAAUACAAAGACUACGACAUGGGAUGAUCCAAGAUUACCUUCAUCAUUAGAUCAAAACGUACCGCAAUAUAAGAGAGACUUUAGACGUAAAGUGAUCUAUUUCAGAUCACAACCUGCUUUAAGAAUCUUACCAGGUCAAUGUCACAUUAAAGUUCGUAGAAAGAAUAUCUUUGAAGAUGCUUAUCAAGAAAUAAUGAGACAAACUCCAGAAGAUUUAAAGAAAAGAUUAAUGAUUAAGUUCGAUGGUGAAGAAGGUUUGGAUUAUGGUGGUGUCUCACGUGAAUUCUUCUUCUUAUUAUCUCAUGAAAUGUUUAAUCCAUUCUAUUGUUUAUUUGAAUAUUCCGCUCAUGAUAAUUAUACUAUUCAAAUCAAUCCAAAUUCUGGUAUAAACCCUGAACAUUUGAAUUAUUUCAAAUUUAUCGGAAGAGUCGUCGGAUUAGGUGUAUUCCAUAGAAGAUUUUUGGAUGCAUUCUUUGUCGGUGCGUUAUAUAAGAUGAUGUUAAGAAAGAAAGUCAUGGUACAGGAUAUGGAAGGUGUCGAUGCCGAAGUGUAUAAUUCUUUGAAUUGGAUGCUUGAAAAUAGUAUUGAUGGUGUUCUUGACCUCACGUUUAGUGCCGAUGAUGAAAGAUUCGGUGAAGUGGUUACUGUGGAUUUGAAACCAAAUGGACGUAACAUUGAAGUUACAGAUGAAAACAAAAAAGAAUACGUUGAAUUGUUCAGUCAAUGGAAGAUCGUAGAUAGAGUACAGGAACAAUUGAAGGCAUUUAUGGAUGGUUUCAAUGAAUUAAUACCCGAAGACCUUGUUACAGUCUUUGAUGAAAGAGAAUUGGAACUGUUGAUCGGUGGUAUUGCAGAGAUCGAUAUCGAAGAUUGGAAAAAACAUACAGAUUACAGAGGUUAUCAAGAAUCUGAUGAUGCUAUCCAAUGGUUCUGGAAGACCGUUAGUGAAUGGGACAAUGAACAAAGAGCAAGAUUAUUACAAUUUACAACAGGUACAUCAAGAAUACCAGUCAAUGGGUUCAAAGAUUUACAAGGGUCUGAUGGUCCAAGAAGAUUUACAAUUGAGAAAGCUGGUGAAAUACAACAAUUACCAAAAUCACAUACCUGUUUCAAUAGAGUGGAUUUACCACCAUAUACUGAUGUUGACUCCUUGAAACAAAAAUUAACGUUGGCCGUUGAAGAAACCAUAGGUUUUGGUCAAGAAUGA